CUCCCACGAGAGGCUUCAGAGGCCGAGCCGUAUUAUUAUUUUUUUCCCCUCUUUUUCCUCCUUCUGCCGCCGCCUCGAGGCGCUUUGCGGCGCGGAGGCCUCUUCCUCCACAGGCCUCGAGGACAGGCCGCCUCCCGAGGUUUGGGGGAGGGAAGCGAGGCGCGUUAAAGAAAGGAGCUUUAUUUCAAGACCCUUGCUAAGCAAAAACAAAAGGAAGUAAUGGAGAAGAAUGGAAACAAUCGGAAACUUCGGGUUUGUGUUGCUACGUGUAACAGAGCAGAUUAUUCAAAAUUGGCUCCAAUUAUGUUUGGCCUUAAGGCAGAACCACAAUUCUUUGAACUGGAUAUUGUAGUUCUGGGUUCUCAUCUGAUUGAUGACUAUGGAAAUACCUACCGUAUGAUUGAACAAGAUGACUUUGACAUCCACACCAGAUUACAUACAAUAGUAAGAGGAGAAGAUGAAGCAGCUAUGGUGGAAUCUGUUGGUCUUGCGUUAGUCAAGUUGCCCGAUGUGCUCAAUCGCCUGAAACCUGACAUAAUGAUAGUGCAUGGAGACCGGUUUGAUGCUUUAGCGUUAGCUACCUCUGCUGCCUUAAUGAACAUUCGAAUUCUUCAUAUUGAAGGUGGAGAAGUCAGCGGGACCAUAGAUGAUUCCAUCAGGCAUGCCAUUACCAAGCUGGCUCAUUACCACGUGUGUUGCACAAGAAGUGCAGAACAGCAUUUGAUCUCUAUGUGUGAAGACCACGAUCGCAUCCUUCUGGCAGGAUGCCCUUCGUAUGAUAAGCUGCUAUCUGCCAAAAAUAAGGAUUAUAUGAGCAUUAUUCGGAUGUGGUUAGGUGAAGGCGUGAAGCCAAAAGAGUAUAUAAUCGCUUUACAGCAUCCUGUGACCACAGACAUUAAACAUUCUGUAAAGAUGUUUGAACUGACUUUGGAUGCCCUCAUCUCUUUUAACAAGAGGACUUUGAUUUUAUUCCCAAAUAUUGAUGCAGGGAGCAAAGAAAUGGUUCGGGUAAUGAGGAAGAAAGGUAUUGAGCAUCACCCAAAUUUCCGCGCAGUAAAAAAUGUCCCCUUUGACCAGUUCAUCCAGCUGUUGGCUCAUGCAGGCUGCAUGAUUGGGAACAGCAGUUGUGGUGUACGAGAAGUUGGGGCAUUUGGAACUCCUGUCAUCAAUCUUGGAACCCGUCAGAUAGGGAGAGAAACAGGAGAGAAUGUUCUUCACGUGAGGGAUGCUGAUUCCCAAGACAAGAUACUUCGAGCUUUGUACAUCCAGUUUGGGAAACAAUAUCCUUGUUCAAAAAUAUAUGGCGAUGGAAAUGCUGUUCCAAGAAUUUUGAAGUUCCUUAAAUCUAUUGACCUUGAAGAACCCCUUCAAAAGAAAUUCUGCUUUCCUACUGUAAAAGAAAAUAUUUCCCAAGAUAUUGAUCACAUCUUAGAAACCCAGAGUGCACUGGCAGUGGAUCUGGGUGGAACGAAUCUCCGAGUAGCAAUUGUCAGCAUGAAGGGUGAAAUAGUUAAGAAAUACAUACAACUGAACCCUAAAACUUAUGAGGAUAGAAUAGAAUUGAUCCUUAAGAUGUGUAUAGAAGCUGCCUCAGAAGCAGUAGACCUGAAUUGCAGAAUUCUGGGUGUAGGCAUUUCUACAGGUGGAAGAGUUGAUCCCCGAGAAGGUGUUGUUCUUCAUUCCACAAAACUUAUUCAGGAGUGGAACGCUGUUGACUUGCGGACUCCAAUAUCAGACGCCCUGCAUUUGCCAGUCUGGGUGGAUAAUGAUGGCAACUGUGCAGCUUUAGCAGAAAGAAAAUUUGGACAUGGAAAAGGAGUGGAAGACUUUAUAACCGUUAUCACUGGCACAGGUAUCGGUGGUGGAAUCAUUCAUCAAAAUGAAUUAAUUCAUGGUAGUUCUUUUUGUGCUGCUGAACUUGGGCACAUUGUGGUAGCAAUGGAUGGACCAGAAUGCCUGUGUGGGAACCAUGGCUGCAUAGAGGCAUAUGCUUCUGGAAUAGCCUUGCAGAGAGAAGCUAAGAAAUUACAUGAUGAGGAUUCAUUAUUGAUUGGAGAUAUGUCUAUGAAAAAAGAAGAUACAAUAACUGCUGCACAUCUUAUUCAGGCUGCUAAACUAGGAAACUCAAAAGCUGACAAUAUUGUUAGAACAGCAGGAACAGCCCUGGGCCUUGGAAUUGUUAAUGUUCUGCACACCAUUAGUCCUUCCCUGGUUAUACUUUCUGGAGUCUUGGCAAGUCAUUAUGUCAAUGUUGUCAGAGAUGUGAUUCGUCAGCGAGCGCUAUUUUCUGUCCAAACAGUGAAUGUGGUCGUCUCAGACCUGAGUGAUCCUGCCUUGCUUGGAGCUGCUAGCAUGGUUCUGGAUUAUACCACACGCAGGAUAUACUAAACACCUGGGGAAUAAGUAGAAAUUCUUAUGAAGUUUGUAACAGGAAAGAUAUUUCCUACUGAUGUUGGGGUUUUUUUGUUGUUUCAUAUGGUUUUAUGGAAAUCUCACCCAUAAAAAUUGUUCCCAUCCACCUUUCCUUUAUUUAAUUUCUAUUUUUAUAUGCUGGAAUGUCACUAGAAACAUGGCUCAGAAGAGGACUCUCUUGUAGAAAAAAUGAAAUUAAACACUUCUUGGGAGCUAGAUUAUAAAAAAGAAAACUGGAUGUACUUCUUCCUAAUGUAUUUUCAAACUGUUUUUCUCAGUCGAUGGUAAAUUCGGUAACCAGACCUUUGUUAAGCAAGUAAAGAAAUAUUCCUGACACAUACAUGUAAUCAUUUCCAUCUCUGCAGAGCUGGGCAGGUAUGAACUCCGUAUAAGAGAAAUUGGAAGAAUUUCAUGGUAAAAUACCCACCAUUACAAUGUGACUAUCAAUGAGUUCAUUAAUUAGAAUACAAUCUUUAUUAUGUUCAGUUUCAAAGUGCUUUCCUUUCAGAACUGCCCUUCAGAAAUACUGACUUACAGAACCAUCAUAAUUGUCAAUUAUGUUGGCCAGCAGUUACUGCAGCUGUAACCUGGAAACCCCAUAAAAGGCACAUGUUUGGAGACAUUAAAUGUGCUAGAAUGGAAAAGAGAAUAAAAUGUAUGCUUUGUCUCAGUUAA